CAGAAGUCAGUCGAUCCGACUUCGUCAUUUUCAUUUUCGAAGAAUCAAAAUUUGUAAUUUUAAAUUACAAAUAUAGGUUUUUUCAAAAUUUUCCAAACUGGCAUCAAGAAGACUACUCAUUUUUGGAGUUCACAGUUUUUCUCCGACGGUUGCAUACAGAAACAACUUGAAUAGUUACUUCCACUACCAGCGACGCAGCCACUCGGCCAUGUCGGGGCCGCAGUGUUCACCGCGGCAGUCCCCGCGGAGCUCCACGACGCCGCCGGGCGCUCCGCCCCGCGUGCUCAAACGCUAUGACGACAUUGUCAAGUCUUCUCAAGAUAAAAGAGAGUACAGAGGUCUGGAGCUGACGAAUCGUCUGAAGGUCCUGCUGGUGAGCGACCCCUCGACCGACAAGUCCGCUGUCGCCGUAGACGUGAAUAUUGGGUAUCUGAGCGACCCGGAGGAGCUGCCCGGACUGGCGCAUUUCUGUGAACACAUGCUGUUUCUUGGUACCACCAAGUAUCCGGAGGAGAAUGAGUACAACAAGUAUCUAUCAGAGCACGGUGGGUCAGCCAACGCGUCUACCUCCUCGGACCACACUACAUAUUACUUCGACAUACUGCCGCAAUAUCUAAAACCAGCUAUGGAUAUUUUCGCCCAAUUCUUCAUCUCCCCUCUCUUCACGGAGUCAGCCACGGGGCGUGAGCUGAGCGCCGUCAACUCUGAACACGAGAAGAACACACAAUCGGACACCUGGCGGCUGGACCAGCUGAACAAGAGUACUGCCAACCCAGCACACCCGUACCACAAGUUUGGCACAGGCAACAAAGAAACGUUGGAAACUAUCCCCAAGCAGAAAAACAUUGAUGUUCGUAAGGAGCUGCUGAAGUUCCACAAGGAAUGGUACUCCUCUAACAUCAUGACCCUCGUAGUCCUGGGAAAAGAAUCCCUGGAUGAAUUAGAAGCGAUGGUGGUACCUCUAUUCUCGCAAGUGGAAGACAAGUCGGUGACGGCGCCGACUUGGCCGGAACAUCCGUUUCCGGCAGAGCUGCGGCGCAAGCGCGCCUACUGCCUACCCGUGAAGGACCUGCGCUCGCUGUCCAUAGACUUCCCAAUACCGGAUUACAGGAAACAUUACAAAAGUGCUCCCAGCCACUAUCUAUCUCAUCUCCUGGGCCAUGAGGGAGCAGGCAGCUUGCUGUCCGCGCUCAAAGCCAGAGGAUGGUGUAACAGUUUAGUAGGAGGUACGCGGAUUGGCGCUCGAGGCUUCGGCUUCUUCGGAGUCCAAGUAGACCUUACGGAGCAGGGCGUCGAGCAUAUAGACGACAUCGUCUGCCUAGUCUUCCAGUACAUCAGCAUGUUACGCGCGACCGGCCCGCAGCGGUGGGUGUGGGAGGAGCAGCGCGACCUGAUGGCCAUGGAGUUCCGGUUCAAGGACUCCCAGGAGCCACGCAGCCUGGCCGUCGGACACGUGCAUAUAUUGCAGGAGUUCCCGAUGGAAGACGUGCUGAGCGCGUACUACCUGAUGUCGGAGUGGCGGCCCGAGCUGAUUGACGAGCUGCUGGCGCUGCUGACGCCAGACAACGUGCGCGUGGGCAUCGUCGCGCAGCAGUUUGGCGACAAGUGCACAAUGACGGAGCCCUGGUACGGAACCAAGUAUUUGCAAGAAGACAUCUCUGAAGAGAAAAUCAAGGAGUGGAAGAACGCUCAGCCGAUCAAGGAGCUCCACUUGCCUCCCCCCAACGAGUUCAUACCCUCGAAGCUGGACAUGGAAACCAGCCAUGAUGCCACCGUCGACGCUGUCGCGCCUGUCAUUGUCAAGGAUACUCCGCUAAUGCGAUUGUGGUUCAAACAAGACAGGGAGUUCAUGCUGCCGAAAGCGUUCAUCACUUUUGACUUAGUCAGCCCCCUAGCGUACAGCGAGCCAACUAACUGCAAUCUCACCUCCAUCUGGGUGUUACUGCUCCGCGACAGCCUGCAGCAGUUCGCUUACAGCGCCGAGCUGGCCGGCCUACGGUGGAGCCUCGCCAACGCCAAGUACGGACUCAGUGUGACAGUAGACGGCUAUGAUGACAAGCAGCACGUGUUGCUGGAGAAGAUUGUCGACCACAUAGUCAGCUUUAAGGCCGACCCGCAGCGCUUCGAGAUCAUGAAGGAGAACCACAUCCGCGCCAUCAAGAACUUCGAGGCUGAGCAGCCGUAUCAGCACGCUGUAUACCAGCAAGCGUUGUGCCUGUCUGAUGUGGUAUGGACGAGGUGUCAGCUUCUGGAUGCAGCUAAAAACGUUACCCCAGCUAUGCUGGAUGAGUUCGCGGCCAUGCUCAUAAGGAAGGUACACGUCGAGGGCCUCAUGAUGGGGAACCUUACGCGUGAGAGAGCGAUCAAGCUGGCUGAUACUAUAGAAAACAAAUUACCAAAAGACGCGACACCGCUGUUAGCUCAACAACUAUUGCUGUAUAGAGAAAUUGAACUGGAAAAAGGAGCGUCGUACCUCCGCGAGACAGAGAACACUGUCCACAAGUCGUCGUGCACGUCGCUGUACUACUCGUGCGGCGUGCGCGCAGCCCGCCCCAACGUGGCGCUGGAGCUGCUGGCGCAGGCCACGCACGAGCGGUGCUUCAACACGCUGCGCACGCAGGAGCAGCUGGGCUACAUAGUGUUCAGCGGGCUUCGUCGCUCGAACGGCGUGCAGGGUCUGCGGGUGAUCGUGCAGAGCGACCGGCACCCGCAAUACCUGGAGACGAGGAUGGAGGCCUUCCUGGCCGGGGUGCAGGAGUACCUAGAGAAGAUGACGGAGGAGGAGUUCCUGAAGCACCGAGCGGCCCUCGCGGCCCAGAAGCUGGAGAAACCCAAACGGCUCGCCAGCAAAGCCUCGCAGCUGUGGAAUGAGAUCACCGCUCAGGUGUACAACUUUGACCGCGCGAAAGUGGAGGUUGAACAGCUGAACACCAUCACCAAGGAAGAGCUGAUGCAGUUCUAUAUGAAGCACAUACACGCAUCAUCUGCGGACCGUCAGAAGCUGGCUGUCUACAUCGUGUCGACAGCAGAGGGCGGUGCCGGCCACAAGGAUGACGAUAAUGAUAAAGAUAAAGUUGAUAAUAAAACCAAGAUAACACCCGAGCCCGUGAAAGUGACCGAUCUAGUGGAAUUCAAGUCGAGAAGAAGACUGUAUCCUCAUCCAAUGCCCUUCACCAACAUACCAAGGAAAGGAGCACACUGCAAACUAUAAUGUACACUAACUACUGGGGCGGACCCAACCAGUCGACGAGCUACCUCCGCCCAUACAACACAGAUGGCGCUCGUCGUAGAACGCAGGCCUAAAACGCGCUAACGAAGUUUGCACAGCGCGACGCAUAUAUACAACUCCCAACGUAACACCGUUGGAUCGUCGAUCCCUAGUCACACUACCAACUUGUGGCUAGCGGGGUACUAUGCUCUGUUCGAAGGGAGCACAUCUUAGCCGCUAAAGUUUAUUCUAGCCCACUAUUGGGAAUGAACCCUCACGAAAUUAAGGGAACUGGAACUAUUUAGUUCCUUAUGCAUAAGGGAAGAGGAACUGUUUAAUUGCUCAUUCAAAUGCGGGAUAUACUUUUUAGUUCCUCAUUUGAAAUGGAAUAACUUAGUUCUUCGUUCAAAUAUAAUGCUGAUUAUUAAAUAAGGAAUUAAAUAGUUUUUUUUUAAAGGGAAAAGGAACUUAGUUCUUCAGUAUUUAUUAUAUUUCAAUGAACUUAUUUUUUAUUCAAAUAUAAUACUAUUUAAUAAAUAGUAUAGGUAGUUCCUAUUUAAAAGGGAGAAAGAACUUAGUUCUUUAGUAUUAUAUUUCAAUAAAGAACUAAAUUCCUUUUCCCUUUUAAAGAAUAACUACUUAAUUCCUUAUUUAAUAGAUAAAAAGAAUUACAAAAUACCUUAUUUAAAAAGCACAAUUUAGUUCUUUGAAGGUAGGUCAAAUGUAAAAGACAAUAUAGUGACUAAGAUUGAGAAGGCAAUAUUAAGUUGGCUUGGACACGUAGAGCGGAUGAAGGAUAAUAGGAUUCAGAAAGCAGUAUAUAAAGCGAAGGUUGGUGGAACGGUUUGCAGAGGAAGACCUAGAAGGACGUACAUUGACCAAAUUGGAGAUGUCCUUAGUAAAGGUUCAGUACGAUCUACUCUGAACCGGCGUGCGCGUAUGAAGCGAUUGAUGAAUGUCGAGGAAGCAAGAGAAGUGUGUCAGAAUCGAUGCAAAUGGAAUUCUAUAGUCCCUGCUUAGCCCGAUGGGGAACAGUUUAUGUAUGUAUGUAUGAAGGUAGGUACUAAAUAGUUCCUGUUAUUUACGGUCACGAGCAUUAAUAUGUAUACACUUUGGCACCAUGUCACAUUAACUUUUUUGACAAAUUGAACUGUAAGUCUUACUAAAUGUCAAAUAUGUUAGUGCGACAGACUCCUAAAGUGGGUACAUUAUAUUGCUCAUGGCUAUACAUCGGAGCCGCCAUAUUGCGGCUUUUAAAAUUAGACAAUUUUAAUAAGUACACUGUUACUGUGGUCGCCCAGUUGGAAGAACGCUUAACUCUCACUGUAAGGUCGCAGGUUCGAAUCCAGCACAGGCCUAAACCCAUGGUAUAAGAAAACCAGGUAUGCUCAAUCCUAUGACAACACCAUUGCUAGCCCAUUGAUGACGUAAGUGUUACCAUUCAAUUGGUAUCUCCAACAUUCCAAGGACGUAAAUUUUAUUAUUGAAAAUUAAGUGAAUUACUGACUAAUGUAUUUAAUUACUAUUAUUUGUCACAUACAUAAAAAUAAUUAAAACUGUACGUGUUGAGAGUGUAUAAAAAAUAAUAAUAAUAAUAAUAAAAAAGUUUAUUUAGGUAAAAUCUACGACACACAUAUACAUUUACAACAUUAAAAUAUACACACAUUACAGUGAAAAAUAUCACGAAAGCCAAAACAAAUGAUAAACUAAAAUGAAUAAAUUUUAAUAAUAUUUUCAAUUAAUAUUUUAUAAAUUAAAUCAUAAUUAACAUAUAAGUGCAAUAAUAUUGUUUUUCUACUCCUCUACUUUAAUCUGGCAUUUAAAUAACCAAAAAGUCUAAUAUAAGUACAUACAUAAUUAAACUCUUUGAAAAAGUGUACGCUCUAUGGCCUAUAAAAGCAUUGUUUACAAAGUGUAACUGUACUAUAAUGUCGCCAAAAAAGCAUUGUUGUUGUUUUUUUUUUUUGACCUGGAAACUGGCACCUUUACUUUGUUUGGUGCCAUAGAUAUACUAUAAAAAAAGUAUACAUUUGCCGCCAUUUUCCCGCGCGUUGGAAAAUAAAUUGGAAAUUUUUUGUGUUUCGUUUAAAAUUACGUCGUCGUAGAAAAAGUAUUGUAUGCAACGUUGUAUAACUAGGUCAAAAAAUGCUCGUGGCGUCUCUUAUUGCGAUGUUCGCCAAGGCUCACAUCGCAACUCACGCCACUCGCAUUUUUUGACCCUUCUUAUACAACUGUUGCAUAAAAUACUAUAAAAUAUGGUGAGUAUGAUAAAUACUAAUUGUAUCACUGGCUAAUAAUUAAGUAUGUUGUCCUCUCUACCAGUUGCAGUGCCCUUACCGGGUCCAUGUUGAUACUAUAAUACUUACUUCUGUAUUUUUAUAACACCACAAUUUAUACGAACACAUGGUCGCAAUAAAACAUUUCUAUUUCUAUUUCCAUUCUAAGCUGAUUUAUUAGAACCAAAAAACUGACAUUUAAAAACAACAGAACUUAAGUAAUAUGACAAAGGAGGAAACAAAUUUGGGACGACCAAGGAGGCCGUCGUUGACAGUACGUUUUUUUUUUUAAUAAAUGUAAAAAAAAUCCAUGAAAAGUAAAUUAAAAACAUUGGACGUGGGUAAUUUAUUUUUUACAAAAUGGCAACGCAGGGCGGGGUGACGUCAGCUGGGCUAACCUUGAAAUGUUAGCUGUCACUUUUGAGCAUACCUGGCCUUCUUAUACCAAACCUAAACCUAUGAUUUUCGAAUUCGUUUUUUGAAUUCUCUAUGAAAUACGAGUUAAUCCUAGGGGGGUGAUCAAGCUAUAUCUAACUGUUGGUGUAACAGAAAGCUCGGUGAGGCGUGGAUACUUUGUUCAUCUUGCGAUGGAUGCACCUCUGACUACCCCAAUUGGGAUAUAGUUGUGAGCUUAUACUUAACGAAGUAUAGUAAAUAAUAUACAAUGCAUUGUAAAAAUUUAUUUUUCUGUUGUUUUUUUUUUUGUGUCAGUGUUGCCAUGUGAUUGUUUGUAAUUGUUUUCAUUUUGAAUGAGGGAAUUUCCAGGCCACGUUUCUCAAAAACAAUGUAGAUGGCGCUGUAAAGAUUUUCCUUCGUUUAACCUUCUAAUUUCAUGGAUAUUCAAAAUUCAAAUUCAAAAAUAUCUUCAUUCAGUAGGUAACAUAGUUACACUUUGAAUAGUCAAUUUUUACAUAACGAACGUCUCGUCCGCCUAAAACUACUGCAGCUCACAACCUGUAUAGCCGGGGAAAAGAAGCUGCAAGAAAAACCUCGGCACAGGGCCCUAGACGUUCUGUAAAAAAAAAAAAUAACAGACAUAAUGCAUCUUUUAUCUUUGUUUUUGGGUAUAAAUGAUAACCCUUUUUAUUACACCCAGACACAAUUACAUCUUCCAUCCAUUAUUAUUCUGAUCAAAAUAAAGAGAAGCAAUAUAGGUAGCAAUGUAAUGCUAUACAUAAUGUGAUCCAAAUAUCAAGCAACAAUUAUUUUUAUACAUAAGCUUCUUGAAUAAUUAUUUACCCGAGUAAUGGGAAAAUAGGUAAUCUUGAGGAGCUCGGUGGCGCAGCUUUAAACGCGCUCGGUCUGCGAUUGUUGAAGUUAAGCAACUUUCGCAAAGGCCGGUCACAGGAUGGGUGACCACAAAAAAAAGUUUUCAUCUCGAGCUCCUCCGUGCUUCGGAAGGCACGUUAAGCCGUUGGUCCCGGCUGCAUUGGCAGUCGUUAAUAACUAUCAAUCCGCACUGGGCCCGCGUGGUGGUUUAAGGCCCGAUCUCCCUAUCCAUCCAUAGGGAAGGCCCGUGCCCCAGCAGUGGGGACGUUAAUGGGCUGAUGAUGAUGAGGUAAUCUAGACAGCGCCAUCUACAUUGUUUUUGAGAGACGUUGCCUGGAUAGUCAUUAUGCAUUUUAUUUUCGUAGUUAAGGAUAAAUAAAAUGGAAAUUUGAAUCGA